AGGUUUUAUGGUGGUUGCCGCUGGAGUGCACAAGAAGCAGAAGCUAAAAGAAAACUGUGAUUUCUGGGAGGAUUCAGCCUCUCUUUCAGCUUCCUCUCACAGUUGGUCAUCAUCAUGGCUUCUUCGAACAGGCACUGGCCCAGCAUGUUCAAGUCUAAGCCCUGCAACUCGCAUCAUCACCAGUGGCAGCAUGACAUAAUUUCGGCUUGCCAGAAGCAACCCUAUUCAUCAGUGGGAGGUGAAGAAAGAAGCCCAGAGCCAAAACCCAGAUGGAACCCGAAGCCAGAGCAGAUAAGGAUACUGGAGGCCAUCUUCAACUCUGGAAUGGUAAAUCCACCAAGGGAUGAGAUAAGGAAGAUCAGAGCUCAGCUGCAAGAGUAUGGUCAAGUAGGUGACGCCAAUGUUUUCUACUGGUUCCAAAAUCGCAAGUCCAGAAGCAAACACAAACAGCGCCAUCUUUCAGGAAAAACUCAUCUCUCAACCCCCACCAGCACUUCUAUGGCUGCAACACCACCACCUCAAAUGAACACCAUCACUGCAACUGCUACUGCAGCCGCUACAGCGGCCACCACUACCAACACCGCCACCGUCACCACCACCACCACCACCACCACCAAUUCAUCCUCUUCCUCUGAAAGGACGUCAUCAAGUGCAUACCUUAACGCCAUGGAGUCUGUUAAUUCUCCAUCCACUCCUACUGCUUCCGUUAAUCAAGCCGGAUUUUACCAACCAGCACUGCACCAAUUCCCUCUUCACGACCCACGAUCCUUCUUUUUUCAGAACAGUGCUCCAUUUCCCUCCCUCUCUGCGCCCUCUUCUCUUUCUGAAUUAUCAAGCAUGGUGCAACUCCAUGAGCAGCUGAAACAGGACGAAAGGCUGAAUGUUGUUGUAGGAAGCCCUCACCAGAAUUACGCCAUUGCUCCAUUACUGCAAGAUUUGGGCGGUUCUGCCUCCAGCUCUGCAAGACUGACGGUGUUUAUUAAUGAUCUUGCAUUCGAAGUGGCGCCGAUGCCUGUAAAUGUAAGGGAAGCUUUUGGGGAGGAAGCUGUGCUGCUUCAUUCCUCCGGACAGCCGGUGAUGACUGAUGAAUUUGGUGUCACAUUGCAGCCGUUGCAAAAUGGCGCUUUCUACUACCUGGUAUAAGUAUAUAUAGAUGCUGACUUAACGUGAACUGUGGAGCUCAUCAGUUAGUGGUAGUGCAGCGCUUUGAUCUCCUUUCUGUUUCUCAUUUUGCUUCUAUUUCCUCAUUUGGUGUCACUUUUGUAAGGUGAAAUUUUAGAUCCCCUUUCGUGUGUUGGGCAGUCCUGGCACUUGAAUUACAUCGUUGG